GCACUGCAACCAGUCUUGUUAACUUCUUCUGCUACUCUUCUCUAUUCUUACUCAUUUUCUAGUGACAUGGAAGGGAAAAGAUUGGAGUACAGAGGUGAGGAGGCAUUGAAGGAACUGGAAAAGUUCACAGCCAAGGCUGAUGAAGUUCAGGAGAACAUUUUAAAAGAGAUAAUAGCACGUAAUUGUGAGACUGAGUAUUUGAAGAAGUACAUGGGGGGAUCAAAAGAUGUACUAGAGUUUAAGCAGAGUGUUCCCGUUAUUACUUACAAGGAUAUCCAUCCUUACAUCCAGAGAAUCGCUAAUGGUGAAGACUCUUCUCUCAUUAGCGGUCACCCAAUAACUGAGAUGUUAUGCAGCUCUGGGACUUCUGGUGGAGAGCCUAAGAUGAUGCCCUCGAUCGCAGAAGAUCUCAACCGCAGAACCUUUUUAUAUAAUCUCAUCAUGCCAAUCAUGAACCAGUACAUCCCUGGUCUUGAUGAAGGCAAGGCGAUGUUUCUAUAUUUUGUCAAGGCGGAGAUGUCGACACCAUGUGGCUUACCAGCCCGGGCAGUCCUCACCAGCUACUAUAAGAGCAAGAACUUCAGGUGCCGAGUGCGUGACGCCUUCAACGACUUCACUAGCCCCGACCAGGCCAUCUUGUGCACUGAUAGCAACCAAAGCAUGUACUGCCAGUUGCUCGCCGGUCUAGUCCACCGCCACCAAGUCCUGCGGCUUGGAGCAGUCUUUGCAUCAGCCCUUCUCCGGGCCAUAUCUUUUCUUGAGCGCCAUUGGGUCCACCUCUGCAACGACAUCCGCACAGGCCAUCUUGACUCCAGCAUCACUGAUCCUGAGUGUCGGUCAUCCAUGUCGACCAUACUCUCAUCCCCCAACCCGCAUCUGGCUGAUGAAAUUGAGGAAAUCUGUAGCCAUCCAUCAUGGAAGGGUAUGCUCAGUCAGCUUUGGCCUAGGGCCAAGUACAUUGAGGCUGUGAUCACAGGUUCAAUGGCACAAUAUAUACCUUCACUGGAGUACUACAGUGGAGGGAAGUUACCAUUGGUGUGCACCAUGUAUGCUUCCUCCGAGUGUUACUUUGGAGUUAAUAUGAAACCCUUAUGUGAUCCUGCCGAUGUAGCUUUUACCCUCUUGCCCAACAUGUGUUAUUUUGAAUUUAUACCCUUGGGAGAGAAUGGGACACUGUUAAUGGACAUGGAUGAAGAAGAGGGCGUGCCAAAAGAGAAGCUUGUCGACUUAGUGCAUGUUCGACUCGGCUGUUACUAUGAAUUGGUGGUUACCACCUUCGCUGGACUGAAUCGGUAUCGAAUCGGUGAUGUGCUCCAAGUGACUGGAUUCCACAACCGAGCUCCACAAUUUCGAUUUAUCUGCAGGAGAAACGUUGUCCUCAGCAUCGACAAUGAUAAAACCAAUGAAGAGGAUCUGCAUAGGAGCAUCACAAUGGCAAAAAAGCUGUUAGAGCCCUAUAAUGCUCUACUUGUCGAAUACACUAGCUAUGCCGAUACAUCAUCUUUACCGGGGCAUUACGUGCUAUAUUGGGAGAUCACACACUGUAUCUCUACAGAUUCCCCAACCCCACUUGAUUCCAAGGUGCUAGAAGAGUGUUGCAUUGCUGUGGAAGAAGAGCUUGAUUACAUCUACAGGCGGUGCCGCACACACGAUAAGUCUGUAGGACCGCUCGAGAUAAGACUCGUGCAGCCCGGAACAUUUGAAGACUUGAUGGACCUUUUCAUUAGCCAAGGGGGAUCCAUCAAUCAGUAUAAAACCCCCAGGUGCAUCAAGUCCAGCAACGCCCUUAAACUGCUUAACUCUAAUGUGGAGGCUUCUUUCUUUAGUCCAAGAGAUCCUAGAUGGAUCCCUUAAAAAAAUAUUGUAGUAAUCAUACAAUAAUUAGAACAAACUUUAAUUUGUUCAUAUCCCUAGUACUAGUCUUCUUGACCCGAAUGGGAUUUGCUGUGAGCUGUAGGGUACACCAUUUUGUUGCAGAAAGAUCUGACAUGCACUAGCUGUCGGUGAAUAUGUAUCAGUCAUUUCAAUCAAUGGAUUGGCUUAGUUUAAUUGUGCUUUGAAGCCAA